AUGGCGCAUCGUGUGGCGGAAGCCUUUCGACGCGGCUCUGUGGCUCUGGUGGCAGAUGUUGGACGGCCAAAUCGUGAAGCAUUCUUGACGCAACUGAAGCACUUGCUGCCGGAGGUGCCACUAGGUGACUUCUCUGUUGAAGGCUUGGCCAUUCAAGAGACAGAUGGCAAAGCUUCUCCACGCCGUGUCCCGGUGCAGCUGCUGGAGCUUCCCAGAGAUGGACCUGCUGGCAAGGUUGAGACAGUUGAGACGAUAACUUGCCACACUUUGGCCUUUCAACCUCGCCUAGGUCGCCGCCGCUUGUUGGAGACAAUACUGGAAAUGGGCACCACGGUGCGAGACCUCAAGGUGCAGCUGGAAAGAACUACUGGAAUCCCAGGAUCUUGCCAGAUCAUAGCGUCCAACGGGAGGCCUUUGUGCAAUUCCUUGGUGCUGCGGACAUGUUUGAAUCACAUCAUUUCCGCAGUAACAGUGCGAGAAGCAGACGAGUCCUGGGUCCAAGCGUUGGAGGCGCUCGGUGAGACUGGAGAGUCGACCGAGUUGAUCGCAACUUUGCCUGCGCGCUGUGAUGCGGCGUUCAGUGCGGCGCAUUCCAAGAUGGAGCAGAUUCGAAUCACUGCUGCGGACACGGCUGCCCAUUACAAGCGGGCCACUGCGAAGGUGGUGGCCAGUGCGAAUGGGCUGGAGGAUGCAGCAGAACACUUGCAGAGGAAUCGCGCAGUUGUGUUUGAGGUGAUACCGCGAGGCUCCAAAGGAGCUCGCAGAGCCGCGGAGGAUUUGAUGCAGUGUCGCAGCGCACUAUUGUCUGCUACACAAGCAAAUGGCUUGGUGCUGAACGGGUGGAGUGCUACCUCCAGUACCAUGCAGCCCGUGAUCGAAGCUUUCAAUGCAGAACUCAUUGAGCUCAGAGCUGCGCUGCGCCAAAGCAACGAGUUGCUCCAGCAAAGGUGUGACCUGUUGCACCUGCAGAGGUUCAGUGGCCGCCUUGGGAAUGGAGAUGUGGAACAACAUUUGCAACAGUGCCAAGAAGAGCUGGCAAGACUUGAAGCUGAUGAUCUGGAAAGGGCCUGCCAGGAGCUUGUGGCUGCACGCCGGAACUACAAAUUGGCCAUGAAAUCGAAUUUGCUGGCCAUCAAGAGGGCCAGCGAGUACCUGCAGCAGGAUGAACGAGUGGUCCUUUCCUGGGCGCUGAACCAUGUGUCCAAGGGCCGCACAUUGGAUCGGGACUUCAUGCUGACCGUCGUUCAAUCCAACGGGGAGGCUUUGGAAGAAGCAGCGCCACAGCUGCGGCAAGACCGCGAGGUAGUCUUGGAAGCCUUGCGCAGUUCCAAAGGUUGGGCUCUUCAGUUUGCUGCAGAAGAACUCAAGCGAGACCGAGACAUUGUUCUCACAGCAGUGCGGCGCAGUGGCUUGUGCCUCGAGUUCGCAGCCGCAGAGAUGCGAGCAGACCGCGAUGUUGUACUAGCUGCUGUGCAGGUUCAUGGCGAAGCCCUGGAAUUUGCAUCCCAGGAGCUGAGGCGAGACGAAGUUGUUGUGGCAGCUGCCAUUCAGACGAGUCGUGGUUGGGCUUUGCAGUAUGCUUCGGAGGAGUUGCGGAGGAAUAGGAAUAUGGUCCUUGGAGCCUUGCACGAGAAUGGUCUGAUGUUGGAGCAUGCAUCUCAAGACCUACGAGGUGAUGCUGAAAUUGCCAUGGUUGCCGUCACCUCCAACCCUUCGGCGCUUCAGUUUGCUUCAGAAAAGCUGAGAAAUUCCAAGAAGAUCGUUCUGGCAGCAGUUUCCAAGGACGGCUUUGCCCUGCAAUUCGCCUCCAGCUCAAUGAAGGCCGACCGUGAAGUGGUUGCAGCUGCAGUGAAACAGGCUGGAGAGUAUGUGCUGAUGAUUGCAGAUCCAUCAAUGCAGAGCGACUCGCAGAUUUCAGAUCUGGUUUCGCGGAAUGGUGGUAGCCAACUGGAUGGGCCCUUUUUCUCAGAAGGAUUCGUGGAGGUCUCCUGGACUGAGACUGGCUUUGGGAAGACCAAUUUGUCGGCUUCAGAGGCGGAGGUUGAUCACAGCUUACUGGGAGCACGGAUCUCAUUUGUGCUUGCAAAGUACGUAAGAUCAUGGCAGACUUCCACGGUGAUGCGUUGUAAAAGUUGGAAAGCUAUCCCACCGCCCUCGACCUUUGCAGCUGCAAGUGUUCAUGCCAUUGAGAUGGAGUGUGGUGAGAUCGGUAUUCCUCUGCCGCCACCGCCACAUGAGUUGCACAGACCUCGAAGAGAUCGGAAAGGAAUUGGCAGGACCUCCUUCAUGCAGGAUUCUUGUGCCUGUUGCACACAUACCGAGCAGGUGGAGUUGAGUCCUACAACCAUUGGUGAAUGUGGCAACCAUAUGAGUGUCAAGACUCGAUUUAUUGUUCGCAACAUUUGCUGCGACUCGGAGGUUCGUUUGAUCGAAAGGAUUGUCACUCCACUCCCUGGUGUUGAAAGUGUAUCCAUCAACACUUUUCAGAAGAUUUGCAUCUUGGUGCAUUGCCCACACUGCACGACACCAGACUUUGUCAUGGCAAACUUGAAUCGAACAGGAUUAGGUGCUGCCUUGCUCGGGCAAGGCAAUUUGGAGAUCAAUCCGGUGACUCCCACGAUUUGGGACAUGAUUCGUUGGCAUACUCGUCACUUGAUCGUGGAAAUCUCCGGUGUUCUCAUGCUGUUAGGCUUGUUAUGUUCUGGUUUCCCCGUCACUGGUGACAUCUUUCUGCUGCUGGCACUGCUGCUUGGCCUGUGUGGUAUCCUACCACAGGCAGUGGUUUCCUUGCAAAAAGGUGAGAUCGAUAUAACCACGUUGGUGAUACUGGCAGCCUUAGCUGCUGCUUUCCAGGGUGAAAGGGCCGAUGCAGCUCUGGUAGUUUUGCUUUUCAACUUAUCCAAGGUGGUUGAGUCGAUUGCUCUGAAUCGAGUUUCCAGUGCUUUGAGGGCGGUGAUGCAACUUCAAGCAGUUCAUACGGUUCAUAUGGUGGACGGCAAAGCGUUACCCGUCUCAGAACUGCAGCCGGGAGACGAGAUCGCCUUACGACCUGGCGAGGAAUGUCCGGCAGAUGGCUUAGUGUCCAAGGGCUCGGCCUCUUGCUCUGAAGCCGCGUUGUCGGGAGAAUCACAUCCCAUUCAAAAACAGCAGGGUGACCUGAUUUGCUCCGGAGCUGUGGUGCUGAAUGGCUAUUUGGAGGUCACUUUGACGACAGCUUCUUCUCAAUCUGCAGUGUCUCAGAUAGAAGCUCAGGUGGAAGAAGCUCAAAUGAAGAGAACAGAUCGGCAGCUGAUGAUCCAGCGUUUUGCACGUUGGUGGACACCGGGCAUCAUCAUUGUGGUGGUGACCAUGUGUGCUGUGAUCCCAUUGGUGGGUGGUGAUUUCUGUACCUGGAGCCAUCGUGGCCUGGUGAUUUUACUCACGGCCUGUCCUUGCGCCAUUGUGAUUGGAGCACCUCUGGCCACCACCUGUGCCAUUGCCGCUGCGGCUUCUCAUGGCCUGCUGGUGAAGCGGCCUGAGACUGUUGAGAAGUUGCCCCAGAUUGCCACCAUUGGUUUGGAUAAGACGGGAACCCUCACCAAAGGUGAGCUGAGUGUUCUAUCAGUGGAGAAUUUAGCGACGGAGCAAACCUUUGAAUGCCUGGAGCAAGAAGAAGCACUGAAAUGGGCGGCCGCUUUGGAAUUGCAAUCGGCGCAUCCGAUUGCUGCUGCGAUUGUGUCCAAAGCAUUGGGUUGCAUCGGGGAUGCUUUAGAGUCCUCUGAGCUGCCAACUGUGAACAACUUUAGAGUACUGCCUGGGGUUGGAAUACAAGGCCAUAUUUCAGACCCGAAGAUGGGUGAAUGCAAGGUGAUAAUUGGAAACAAGAAGGCUUUGACCGUGGCACAUGCCCGGCCGGCAGCUCACUCUCGUUUCAUCGCCUUCCAAGAGAAACAUCCUCAGCACACCACGGUGGCACUGUUGGUGGAUGGCCGCCUACACUUCGGCCUGGCCCUGAAUGACACGAUCCGGGACGAAGCUGCGAAGCUGUUGGAGGAGUUCAACUCCAUGGGCUACAAGGCCGCCAUGCUGACGGGGGACACCGUGGAGGCUGGGACCUUCGUGGCACAGACCUUGGGCAUUCAGGAAGAGCUGUGUCAUUUUGCCAUGACUCCAGACCAGAAGCGAGAAUGGGUAAGCACCCGGGAAGCCGAGGGGCGGCACGUUUUAAUGGUUGGUGAUGGCAUCAACGACGCAACUGCCCUUGCUGUCGCCCAUGUUGGAGUAGCCAUUGGUGAAACAGGAGCAGCGCUGGCAGCUCAGUCAGCUGACAUCGUGAUGAUGACUGAGAAACUUUAUCGACUACCGCAGUGUGUCCGGCUUUGCCGCUAUGCUCGGCGAGUUGAAAGACUGAACAUCGCGAUUCCCUGCGUUUUGAAACUUUUGCAGGCUUGCGUUGCAAUGGUGGUGGACCUCAAACUUUGGAUCGUAGUCUUGGCUGAUUUGGGCACCUUACUGUUGGCCUUGCUGCUUGGGGUAUCCAUCCUAUCUCCCAAUUUUUGGGAGAGUGGCGGCGGCGGCGGCUUCCUGACGGUCACCAGAACCCGAAGGUUCAGACGCCGAUUGAGGCAAUACGAGCAGUUCGGGUAA